UUUUAUCCAUCCAUUUUGGCUUUUGUAGUCUGCAGUAUUGUUGAGUAGAUGAUCUUUGUUCUGGAAGAGCUCUGUGGUUGAUCAAAAUAUGACUUGAGCUUAGCCAGUUCAUGCGUAUUCUUCAGGAAGAUUCCAUUUCAGCUGUCUCAGCAGAGGAGCUGGAGCAUACCCUUCCUCCGUUCUCUGCAGGCUGCCGCGCCACCGGCCGCCAUGACGACUGCCAUCUUGGAGCGCCUGAGCACCCUGUCGGUGAGCGGGCAGCAGCUGCGCCGCCUGCCCAAGCUCCUGGAGGACGGCCUUCCCAAGAUGCCCUGCACCGUCCCCGAGACGGACGUGCCACAGCUGUUCCGGGAGCCCUACAUCCACACCGGCUACCGCCCCACGGGCCACGAAUGGCGCUACUACUUCUUCAGCCUCUUUCAGAAGCACAACGAGGUGGUCAACGUCUGGACCCACUUGCUGGCCGCCCUGGCCGUCCUCUUGCGAUUCUGGGCCUUCGCCGAGGCCGAGGCCUUGCCGUGGGCCUCCACCCGCUCGCUGCCCCUGCUCCUCUUUAUCCUGUCCUCCAUCACUUACCUCACGUGCAGCCUUCUGGCCCACCUGCUGCAGUCCAAGUCAGAGCUUUCGCACUACACCUUCUACUUCGUGGACUACGUGGGCGUGAGUGUCUACCAGUAUGGCAGCGCCUUGGCCCACUUCUUCUACAGCUCCGACCAGGCCUGGUACGAGCUGUUCUGGCUCUUCUUCUUGCCAGCAGCUGCCUUCUGCGGCUGGUUAUCUUGCGCCGGCUGUUGCUAUGCCAAGUAUCGUUACCGCAGACCGUACCCAGUCAUGAGGAAGAUCUGUCAAGUGGUGCCGGCAGGAUUGGCCUUCGUCCUAGACAUCAGUCCCGUGGCGCACCGCGUGGCCCUGUGCCACCUGGCUGGCUGCCAGGAGCAGGCGGCCUGGUACCACACCCUCCAGAUCCUCUUCUUCCUGGUCAGCGCCUAUUUCUUCUCCUGCCCGGUUCCUGAGAAGUACUUCCCGGGUUCCUGUGACAUUGUGGGCCACGGGCAUCAGAUCUUCCAUGCCUUCCUGGCCAUCUGUACGCUCUCCCAGCUGGAGGCCAUCCUCCUGGACUACCAGGGGCGGCAGGAGAUCUUUCAGCAGCGUCAUGGCCCACUGUCUGUCUACACGGCCUGCCUGUCUUUCUUCUUCUUGGCGGCCUGCAGCGCUGCCACUGCAGCCCUCCUGAGGCACAAAGUCAAGGCCAGACUGACCAAGAAAGAUUCCUGAGGCUGGCAAGUGGAGUGAGGUGUGGAGGCAGCCUGUCCUGAUUUGGGGGAAACCUCAGUGCAACGUUAGGAGUUGACUUUUUGGUUUUUAAGAGUUGCUUUUAACUUAAUACAUAUUUCCAAGGAUAUGCUAUGGCAUUGGAAAGCCAAAGGAUUCAAGAAUUUUGUGGUUAUAGUUGUUGCUAAUAAAAGGAGUAUUAUUUUUCCCUGUGUGUCAUAACUUUACAAGAUACAGGAAAAGAAGGGACCUUGGCUAAGAUUCAUGGGACACUAAGUUAAGGAUUAUCUUUCUGCCCGAAAACCUAGGGGGAAUUCUGACUUUUGCCUCCAGGGGCAAGUCCCAGAGCUGAAGGGAUAAAGAAGUUAGACGGGAAAGUAAGUACAUGGCUGGUCCACACUGUAUUGGAAUGGCCAUCCUACUGUGUUGGUUUUUGGUGACUGAAUAAAUUGACCCAAGAACUCGAUUUCAUUUGGAUUUCAGAUUGUUCAGGGUGGAGAAGUCAGAAUCUUCAAAAUGACUCAGUGAAACCCUUAGACACGAUGAAUUACUUAUUAAUCUGAUUUCUGGUUCCAUCUCUCUUGCCCUACUCUGAACACUUUUCUCAGGAUGAUGUCUGCCUGGCUGUUUUCUCUACAGUGCUGUCACUCCCAUCUGUACCUUGCAUGGUAAUGUAGAGGAAUACGAAGCAGUCAUAUUUCCAGGAAACGCUUGGAUCUAUGUGGACAUUCAGAAAGCUUAUUCUCAUAUAAUAAUAAUGUAAAUGGUACUAGAAAGUACAGUGCCAAGAGCCAUCAGGAGACCCAGCCAGUAAGCUUGGAUACUGUUUUAUGUCAUGGGACCCUUCUGUUCUAUACCUGUGGACUGCAGUACUUGAAAUCUAUUAGGGCUGCCUUACAGGCCAGAAAAUCUGGGGCUUGUGCUAGGGAAUCUUCUCCAGAUUUGGGCCAGCGUAUUAACAAAACAAAACAAAAAAACUAAUGGAGUGAAUUGGUUCUGAGGGUCCCUCUAGGGACCCAAUUAUUUCAAGAGGAAUCCAGGGUCUGGCCUCUUAACUAGAUGCUGCCACAUAAAGGACCCAUAUAACUACCCUAGUUUAGGGUCCUCAGGCAGGCAGUUAUGCUUCAACUUAGAGAUGAAUCCUUAAAAUAAUCGAGCCCUAGGACAGAUGAGCAUGUGUGCUCACUGUGGGUUAAUGCCUGAAGGUUCCUUUGCGUAAGAAUGGUGAACGAGGUACCCUGUAGCUAGAACUUUCUGUUGUCCAGUAGCUUCUGUGGGAUAAGUGGUACUUGCACUAGAUGUGUUCUGGCCUCACAGCCUUCUCUGAGGACCGAUUUGUGUACUAAUCCAGUGAAGGGGGCUGUGUUGACAGAGGAGCCAUGGGAGUCUUCUCAGAUGCCAUGUUUCCUAGCUGUAUAAGGUCUCUGUUUACUACAAAGGAAAGUGCUUUGUUUUCACUCCAGUUUGAUGAAAUUCUUCUAUUACUAGGUUAUUUUGUUAUCUUCAUGUCUUUGUUUUCUUCCUUUCUCUGAGAAAUUUGUGGAUUUUGUGCCUUAUAAAUGGAAACGUAUGAACACUUUACUUAAUAUGUGGCCAUGUGGAAUUUUCAAUUUUGUGUUAUAGGGAUAAGAAAAAAAGAAUGCAUUGCCCUUCAACCAGUGGAUGAAAGAAAUGUCAGAGCACCAGAAUUACUUAUCAUUCAAAAGACUCUGUCAACCUGCAUUUUGGCAACAAACAAACCCUCAACUGAAACUUUCCUAUAAUCUUCAUAUCAAGAAAGCAUAUGUCUUGUCUGCUACAUGGAUUUCUCUGUUAAUUCUUAAAUACCUGAACUUCUGUGCUACCCAAGUGUCUUACAUAAGCUUCUGGUGUCUAGUCCAAAUUCAUCACAAAUAAAGUUGGCAAAACAGAAGCCAGUUGAACUAAACAAGGGAAUGGGGGAGUUGUACAAACACAUUGCAAGAGGGUCAGUUUAAAAUGGGGACUAGAAAAUGUUUGGAAUGUUGUUUUUAUGGAUUCAAAGACCGUAUUCUUUUAAAAAUUGGAAGGAAGGUGUAAGUCAAGCCUUGAAUAUGGUGGUGGUCCCGGUGGAUGUAGGCCAAAGGGAGGUACUUUAUAGAAGAGAAAGCAGGAAAUAGAGUGGUGAUCUUCAAAUGCAGGUGGCAGAGCAAGGCCAGCUGACACACUGUAAACAGUCUGUGACAAGUUCAGAUAGACUAAAUUCUUAGGAUAUUGCCACGAAAUUAUUACCUUAAUAUGCGCAGGUAUUGGUCCCUCAAGUGAUUGGAGAAAAGUAUAAAAUUUUUCACCAGAGAUAUUUGAGGAGCAUUGGAGACUAGGUAUCUCAUUAAAAUACCAAAUACUUAUUCAAAAUAUAUAAACAUAGGAAAUGUAGAUGUUUUAAACUACUCAGACUUUUGAAGGAUUAAAGACGCCUUUUAGAACAUUUUCAUUAAAAUGAGUGUAUCAGCAAGGAACAGACCUAGUUUAUUUAAAAGAAAUAAGUAAUUGAUAAAGGAGAUUAUUUUACUCCACCAUAGCCUCACCAACAGUUGACAUUUGGAAAUUCUACCAGUUAUCUCUGUCUCUAUUAAAAUGUAAAUUCCUCUGGAAAACCUAAACUAUCAGUCAUUUACAUCUUGUGAAUAAAAAUUUUGAUGGAUUUGUAUGAGGCCCUACUCAGGGGCAUCUGAACACAGCAGAUUGGGUACACAUUUGCCUAUUUCCCUCUUGCCUAGUACUUCCUGACUUGUAAUUACCAAUGAGCUAAUGUUAGUACACUUCAGAUGUUAAGGUUUCAUUUCCCACCUCUGCUAAAAGUACCUCACUUAAAGACAAUAUUAUUAGUCCACUAUUGGAAGUUUAAAAUAGUAGGAGCUCAGGCUGUGGAAUGAAGGUAGCUCAUUCCUGAUUCUGUUACCCUCCUGUCCACAAAUGGUACCUUAACUUAAGAACAUUGUGUCCUUCAGAUGCUGCACUGUAGUUUCAAGUGGGCCCUCCAGAUGGCGCUCAUGUCUUACUCAGCAAAGCCUUUGUAUCCAAAUCUUUGGGCUAUUAAUUGUGUUGGUCCUUGUUUUUUGUUUGAUUGCUCCGCAAAGAAAAAAUGGAACUAUUUUCUGUUUAUAUUAAUCUACUUACACGAAUGGCCAUUAAACAGAUUUUGUAUAUGGA